AUGCCCUCGGAAUACACCUGCAAUUCUCGUGGGUGCAAUAGGCAUCUUGCUGGGAUCGCCACUCAAUUCUUUUCUGCGGUUAUCAAAAUUGGGUUCUCGCAACUCAUUAUGUUGAAUGAUCGCCUGCCCAAGACCGUGGAUGAGAAUGCGGUCGAGAUCGCCAAGCUUAGAAAAAGUGCGAGUGAAGGGCGUGCUGCACUGAUGGAAGAAGUGUGUCUGGAGGGGCUCGCGGCUUUGAGGAGCAGUUAG